AUGCACCUUGCAGAGUAUCUUUUCCGUCGUAUCUACGAGAUCAACAUAAGAUCUGUAUUCGGAGUACCCGGAGAUUUUAAUCUCACUGCCCUGGACUACAUCGAAGAGUGCGGCCUGCACUGGGUUGGCAACGUUAACGAACUCAAUGCUGGAUAUGCUGCCGAUGGAUAUGCACGCAUCAGAGGCAUGUCAGUCAUCGUCACCACCCUUGGAGUUGGCGAGCUCUCUGCCUUAAAUGCGAUUGCAGGAGCCUCUGCCGAGCUCGUUCCCAUCAUCCAUAUUGUGGGAUUCCCGUCAACCACCAUCCAGGAAAAGGAGCUACCUUUCCAUCACACCCUGGCAGAUGGAGAUUUUGAGUCAUUCAUGAAAAUGAGUGAACGGAUUUCCGCUGCUGCUAUUCAGUUGAAAGACCCUCUAGAAGCGACCAAGAUGAUCGAUGAUACAAUCGUUGAAUGCUACCGCUCCAGCAAGCCUGUAUACAUUGGACUCCCCAUGGAUUUGGUGAAGGCUGAAAUCGAUUCAUCCCCACUGGAAAAGCCUUUGCUGCUGCGCCCUCCGUCAACCAGCACAACGGCGACGGAAGAGCAUGUCGUGAAGACUAUACGUGAGCGCUUGUUCAAGGCCCAGAACCCAGUCGUCAUUGUCGACAGCCUUGCUGGUAGAUAUGAGGGUCUACACGUUACCAGAAGCUUUGUCGAGAAGUCUAAUCUACCGUGCUUUGCUUUCCCGAUGGCAAAGGGCAUAAUCAACGAGAGCCUGCCCAAUUUCCGUGGAAUCUACGCAGGUGACGUCUCCAACCCAGGUGUGCGAGAGGCAAUACAGUCAAGCGAUUUGAUUCUUCUCAUCGGGCCCCGUCCAUCAGACCUGAAUACCGGGGCCUUCAAGAGUGACAUACCCGAUGUUGACACGAUUGUAUUUCAUCGGGAUACCGUGAAAAUGGUAGAAGAGACUUACUCUGGCCUUUCAAUGAAAAAUGUUUUUGGAAAACUCUCCGAUGCGAUUUGUGCCUCUACAUCAAACACCGCAUCGAACUCCUAUUCUAGCAGUCCAUUAUCAUCUCCAGCAAGCUCAGUAGGCACCAAAGCCCCCAAAAUCUCCCUGGAUGAGGCCGACCAAGCCAUUCCCAGCAAGAAAAUCGACACGAGCGCAGGCAGCAUUGAACUAUCCCAAGAAUGGAUGUGGCAGCGCAUCAGCUCCUGGCUUGAAGAAGACGAUAUUGUUGCGAUGGACAUCGGAACAUCAGCCCUCGGUGGAGUAUGGUGCCAUCACCCGCGAGGAGCACAAUCACUGUUCCAGCUUCUAUGGUGCUCAAUCGGAUUUGCGCUCGGAGCAACAGUCGGAGCGGCAAUUGCAGCGCGCGAACAGCUCGAGGAGUCCGAGACAAAGAAGAAGCGACGCACGAUCCUCUUCACCGGCGACGGCAGCCUGCAAAUGACAGCACAGGAGAUCAGCACUUUAGUUCGCCAAGAACUGGGUGUGAUUAUCUUUGUCAUUUGCAACGAUGGUUACACUAUUGAGCGCUUUAUCAAUGGUUGGGAGAAGAGCUACAAUGACGUCCAGCCUUGGGACUACAAACUUCUUCCUCAGGUGUUUACUCCUAAGCCUGAUUCCGUCAGGACGUACAGUGUUCGCACGAGGGAUGAGUUGGAAGCACUUCUCACGGAUGACCAGUUUGGGCCGGCUGGGAACUUUGACGAGGCGCAGCCUGAGCCCUUGCGUCUUGUGGAGAUUUACAUAGAUAAACACGAUGCUCCGCAGACAAUCCCUGACAUGAUUUCGGCGAUUCAUGGAAAGACUGCCACUUAA